GCGCGCUUUCCCGCUCCCGCCGCAGGCUCCGGUGCCCCCGCUGCGUCUGUCUCCGCCGCGCCCCCUUUGAGCCCCAAGAUGACCAACACCGUGCUGUUCAGCGGCAGCUCCCACCAGGACCUGUCCCAGCGGGUGGCUGACCGGCUGGGCCUGGAGCUGGGCAAGGUGGUCACCAAGAAGUUCAGCAACCAGGAGACCAGAGUGGAGAUCCUUGAAAGCGUGAGAGGGAAGGAUGUGUGCAUCAUCCAGAGCGGCUGCGGGGCGGUCAAUGACAACCUGACGGAGCUCCUCCUCAUGAUCCAGGCCUGCAAGAUCGCGUCGUCGUCCCGGGUGACCGCCGUGAUCCCGUGCUUCCCCUACGCCCGCCAGGAUAAGAAGGACCGGAGUUGUGCUCCGAUUUCUGCGAAACUUGUGGCCGAUAUGCUCUCGCGUGCCGCUGGCGCAGACCACAUCAUCACCAUGGACCUGCAUGCUCCUCAGAUCCAGGGCUUCUUUGACAUUCCUGUGGAUAACUUGUACGCGGAGCCCGCGGUCCUGCAGUGGAUUCGGGAGAACAUCGCCGAUUGGAGGAACUGCAUCAUCGUGUCCCCGGACGCGGGCGGAGCCAAAAGGGUCACGUCGAUAGCAGACAGGUUGAAUGUGGAAUUUGCCUUGAUCCACAAGGAGAGGAAGAAGGCGAACGAAGUGGACCGGAUGGUGCUGGUGGGCAAUGUGAAGAACCGUGUGGCCAUCCUCGUGGAUGACAUGGCUGACACGUGUGGCACCAUCUGCCACGCUGCUGACAAGCUGAUCUCGGCCGGAGCCACCAAAGUUUAUGCCAUCCUUACCCAUGGGAUCUUCUCUGGGCCGGCUAUUUCCAGAAUAAAUAGUGCCCCCUUUGAGGCCGUUGUUGUCACAAACACAAUCCCGCAAGAGGACAAGAUGAGUCACUGCUCCAAGAUCCAGGUUAUUGACAUUUCGAUGAUCUUGGCCAAGGUGAUCCACAAGACCCACAACGGUGAAUCCGUGUCCUACCUGUUCAGCCACGUGCCGCUGUGAAUCCAGACGGGAGCCGGAGCGAGCCUGCUGGCUUCUGACUAGUGUGUUUUUACCGGAUUCUUAGCUUUAGGACUCAGCAGUUGGAACGCAAGACAUCAGAUUGUUGUGCCCUCCAACACCCACUGUUUCUUCCUUUGCACCUCGAGACCCAUCAACUGAACGCUGCCUCUGUGUCCUUCAUUCUUCACGGCC